UGUAAUUUCCGGGAGUGGCUGGACCAUUAGGCGAUUCUCUUUAGUGUUUGCCCUGUCUACUUUCUCUGCUCUACCUCACCUAUAUUUUAAUUCAAACCCCCACCAUCUCACUCCCCUAAAAUUGGACGCUAAUGUUAACGUGCUUUUCUCAUGGAGUAAUUUACCACCGGAGCUAAAUAAAACGAGAAAUGUACAUGUCGCACUCAAAAGAUUCCACUUCAAGUCAGCUGUCAAAACAUUUGAUUUAGCCUUCUACUAUCAGUAACGAAGAGCUUUGCAGUCUACUACUUUUCUGAAACACCUACUCUGCUUUUACAAACACUCAUCACUGUCCUGUGAGAAUCCUGUCCCAGACUGCAAAGUGUAUUCCUAAUCAUAAGCCAGAAUGUCCCAGCUUCAGUUCCAGUCUCCCGGCAGCCCUGUACCCAGCUCUGCUCCUUUACAGCUAGCACAACCCCAACCUGGCUUCAGCAUUCCUUCUGCUACUGGCUCCUUACCCUCAGAAAGUGCCAGUCACCCGCUACGAAGUUCCGCCCUGCCCUCUGCCUCAGCUACACCUUUCUGUAACCCUACAGCUUCUAACAUGGCAAACCCUAAAGAGAAGACCCCCAUGUGUUUGGUGAAUGAGUUAGCCCGUUACAAUAAGAUCCAGCCUGAGUACAAGCUACUCAGUGAACAAGGACCAGCCCAUUCCAAGAUAUUUACUGUGCAGUUGACUCUGGGGGAGCAGCACUGGGAUGCAGAGGGCACCAGUAUAAAGAAAGCUCAGCACUCUGCAGCAGCCUGUGCUCUCACCCAGACCACACUGCCCAAACCCAAUAACAGAAUCCCGCGACACCAAGGCAGGAACCCAGGUGGGUUCUACAGAGGCCCUGAGUACAGCAUGACACACACUGUGGAGCUGAAUGCACUUUGUAUGAAGUUGGGGAAGAAGCCAAUCUAUAAACUUAUAGACCCAUACCAAGGAAUGAGACCCACAUUCAACUACAAUAUCAGAGCACCAGGGCCUUAUGCUCGCUCCAUGCAACAGUAUUACUACCCGUUUCCUCCGGUGGCACCGGUGCUGUAUCAUAUGGAGCUAUCCAUUGGAGGGCAGCAGUUUCAUGGAAAGGGCCGCACACGGCAAGCAGCGAAACAUGAUGCUGCUGCAAAAGCUAUCAAAUCGCUGCAAAAAGAGCCACUGUUACAGCAGCUAGUUGAGACGAAAAAACAACCAGAAGAAGAAAACUUCAACAAAUCUGAGAUCAGCCAAGUGUUUGAGAUUGCACUGAAGCGGAACAUGCCUGUGAACUUUGAGGUGCUGAAAGAGGCAGGACCACCUCAUAUGAAGACCUUUGUUGUGAAAGUGACUGUGGGAGAGUUCACUGGAGAAGGGGAGGGCAAGAGCAAGAAAAUUGCCAAGAAGCUAGCUGCCGUUGCUGUUCUGGAGGAGUUGCGGAAGUUGCCUCAACUACCAGUCACAGACAAGAUGCCACCUCGUAUUAAAAAGAAAACCAAAUCAAUUAUAAAGUUGCAGACCAGUCCAGAAUAUGGACAAGGAAUAAAUCCAAUCAGCAGACUGGCACAAAUCCAGCAGGCUAAGAAAGAGAAAGAGCCAGAGUACAUCCUAGUGACAGAGAGAGGACUGCCUCGACGCAGGGAAUUUGUCAUGCAGGUCUCAGUCAUUGGUCAGAUUGCAGAAGGUAUGGGUCCAAGUAAAAAGGUGGCCAAAAGGAAUGCAGCAGAGAAGAUGCUGGAGCUCUUGGGAUUUAAAGUGCCUCAACCUCAGCCUCCCAAACCAGCACUGAAAACAGAGGAGAAGCCUCCUUUGAAAAAACCUGGAGAUGGACGAAAAGUGACCUUUUUUGAGCCAAGCUCUGUGGAGGAUGGGGGUCUGGUCCAGAAGGAGGAGGAUUUCCGUGUGCCCUUCCUCAGCCAUCAGCAGCUUCCUGCUGGCAUUUUACCCAUGGUGCCUGAGGUGGCACAGGCAGUUGGUGUCUGCCAGGGACCCCAUGCCAAGGACUAUGGCCGCCCCAACCAGGCCAUGGCUUCACUGACAGCAACGAUUGCCAACGAGCUGCUGUAUGCUGGUACUUCUGCCACAGCUGAAGGCAUUCUGAAGGGAAGUAAAAAUCUAUCAAUGAGACCCCAUGGUCCCUUCACUAGACCAUCUGAACAGCUUGGAUACCUGGCCACUGUGCAAGGCUUACAGGUAGAAUACAAGGACUUUCCAAAAAACAACAAGAACGAAUUUGUGUCUCUCAUCAACUGCUCUUCUCAGCCGCCUCUUAUAAGUCAUGGUAUUGGCAAGGACGUGGAGUCCUGUCAUGACAUGGCUGCAUUCAACAUAUUGAAGCUGCUCUCAGAGUUGGACCAACAGUCCAGUGAACGGCCAGCCAACGGACCAAUUUCUGGGUGCGGCAAACAGGACCUUGAAGGUGACACAUUGCUCAAACCGGCUAACUCAAGCACCAUGGGAAAAACUGUGGACGGCACUGUCUAGAAUAUCUAAUUGGUGGUGCCAUUUAGGAAACACUAGAGAAAAAACAGGGGCAGAGUUCUAAUUGGCUGCUUUCAAAAGCCUUGUUCACACUGAAUUUUAACCUUUCUAAAGUGUUGCAGUUUCAGUUAAACAAGAUUAACUGAGAGAUUUUUCCUACUUGAUGUUUAAUUGUAAUCAUAGUUGUUUUGCUUCAUCAUAUCCAAUUUAUUUUUUGGGGGGGGGUUCAAAAAAUGUGACCUGUAACUUAGACAGCUUAUUUCUUUGUUAAAAAGUAAGCCAUUCUAAUGUCUUUUUUUUUUUUAAAUGCUUCAUUAGGAGCACGUAUAGAGGAUGUGCAGCUGUUGUGAUGUGCAGUAUGAAACGCUAGGAUAUGAUGAAGCUAAGGCAAGAGCUCUCUGUCAUAUUGGAUUUUCUCCAGUGCUUUUAAGGUGGCCACCAUAAAAGCAUUAAGUUGCAUCUCCAUGUAGAACUGGGAAAGUAAUUUCUUAAUCCCCGUUUUGAUGUAUGGUGGUGUCCUGUGGCGUGUGUGUGUGAGAGAUAUAUGUGUGUGUGUGUAUAUGUGAGGGUUGUUAGUUGUUGCGGUUAAAGCACUACUCAAAACCCUCUACUACAGUCAAAAUCAUGCAAUCUCUCCUUCAGUGUAAACAUGUUUUUCUGCCAGUUGGUUCCCAUUUUUCCCUCAUGGAAUGCAAGUAAAAUUCUAUUCUAAAAUUG